AUGCAAUUUUUGGGGGUCUCUGGAAAUAGAAAGGUCAUGCAGCUUGGAACUGGUGAGACAUUACAGUCCCUAAGUCAUCAGAGAAAUGAUGAAGAGGCUGUUGUGGAUAGAGGUGGAACUCGCUCCAUUCUCAAGACACAUUUUGAAAAGGAAGAUCUAGAAGGCCACCGAACGUUGUUCAUUGGGGUUCACGUGCCACUGGGUGGAAGAAAAAGUCACCGACGCCAUCGGCACCGCGGGCACAAACACAGAAAGAGAGACAGAGAGCGAGACUCGGGAUUAGAAGAUGGGAGAGAAUCUCCUCCUUUUGAUACCCCAUCACAAAGGGUGCAGUUUAUUCUUGGAACAGAAGAUGAUGAUGAGGAACACAUUCCUCAUGAUCUCUUUACUGAGCUUGAUGAAAUCUGUUGGCGUGAAGGAGAGGAUGCAGAGUGGAGGGAGACAGCAAGGUGGUUGAAGUUUGAAGAAGAUGUAGAGGAUGGUGGAGAGAGGUGGAGCAAACCCUACGUUGCCACACUGUCACUUCAUAGCUUGUUUGAGCUGAGGAGCUGCAUCCUGAAUGGCACAGUUCUUCUGGACAUGAGAGCUAACUCCAUAGAAGAAAUUGCAGAUAUGAUUCUGGACCAGCAGGUGGGCUCUGGGCAGCUCAGUGAGGAUGUUCGUCACAGAGUGCAUGAGGCAUUACUGAAACAGCAUCACCAUCAGAAUCAGAAGAAGCUGAGUAACAGGAUCCCAAUUGUAAGAUCCUUUGCUGAUAUUGGAAAGAAGCAAUCUGAGCCCCAUUCCAUGGAUAAAAAUGCAGGUCAGGUUGUUUCCCCACAGGCUACUCCAGCCUGUAUUGAAAACAAGAAUGAUGUGAGCAGAGAAAACAGCACUGUUGACUUUAGCAAGGUUGACUUACACUUCAUGAAAAAGAUACCACCUGGAGCUGAAGCAUCAAACAUCUUAGUUGGUGAACUCGAGUUCCUGGACCGUGCUGUUGUGGCUUUUGUUAGGUUGUCUCCUGCAGUGUUGCUUACAGGACUGGCUGAAGUUCCAAUUCCAACCAGAUUUUUGUUUAUUCUUCUUGGACCACUGGGUAAAGGCCAACAAUACCAUGAGAUUGGAAGAUCAAUUGCAACACUAAUGACAGAUGAGGUAUUCCAUGAUGUUGCUUACAAAGCAAAAGACCGCAAUGACUUGGUGUCCGGAAUUGAUGAGUUUCUUGAUCAGGUUACUGUUCUCCCUCCUGGAGAGUGGGACCCAACAAUUCGAAUAGAACCACCUAAAAAUGUUCCCUCUCAGGAGAAGCGUAAGAUCCCAGGAGUGCCAAAUGGGACUGCAGCCCAUGGGGAAGCAGAACAUCCUGGGGGACACUCUGGACCAGAACUGCAACGCACUGGAAAAUUUUUUGGAGGAUUAAUUUUAGAUAUCAAAAGAAAAGCUCCCUUCUUCUGGAGUGACUUCAGGGAUGCUCUCAGUCUGCAGUGUCUGGCAUCAUUUUUGUUUCUCUACUGUGCUUGCAUGUCUCCUGUCAUCACGUUUGGUGGUCUGCUGGGAGAAGCAACUGAAGGUCGUAUAAGUGCAAUAGAAUCGCUGUUUGGAGCAUCCAUGACUGGAAUUGCCUACUCUCUUUUUGGUGGACAGCCUCUCACUAUACUUGGCAGCACAGGACCAGUUUUAGUGUUUGAGAAGAUCUUAUUCAAAUUUUGCAAAGAGUACGGGUUGUCAUACCUCUCUCUGAGAGCCAGCAUUGGGCUAUGGACUGCAAUCCUGUGCAUCAUCCUUGUUGCAACUGAUGCAAGCUCCCUGGUCUGCUACAUUACCCGGUUUACUGAAGAAGCCUUUGCUUCUCUUAUCUGCAUCAUUUUCAUUUAUGAGGCCUUAGAGAAGCUGUUUCAUCUCAGUGAGACGUAUCCAAUCAACAUGCAUAAUAAUUUGGAGCUGCUGACAAAGUACUCAUGCAAUUGUGUGGAACCAGAACAUCCCAGCAAUAAGACUUUACAGUACUGGCAGGACUACAAUAUAUCUGCAUCUGAUGUGCCAUGGGGAAACCUAACUGUGUCAGAAUGUAAAAAGUUUCAUGGUGAGUUUGUUGGACGAGCCUGUGGUCACCAUGGCCCUUACGUUCCAGAUGUCCUCUUCUGGUCUGUCAUCUUGUUCUUUUCUACAGUAACGCUCUCGUCCACACUGAAGCAGUUCAAAACCAGCCGAUACUUCCCAACAAAGGUACGCUCUGUUGUCAGCGAUUUUGCUGUCUUUCUCACAAUUUUGUCCAUGGUUUUAAUUGACUACGCCAUUGGAAUUCCAUCACCAAAACUUCAGGUUCCAAAUGCUUUUAAGCCCACCAGAGAUGAUCGUGGCUGGUUUAUUACUCCUUUGGGGCCUAAUCCUUGGUGGACAGUGAUAGCUGCUGUAAUUCCAGCCCUGCUUUGUACUAUCCUUAUCUUUAUGGACCAGCAGAUCACAGCUGUCAUUAUCAAUAGAAAAGAACACAAGCUAAAGAAAGGAUGCGGAUACCACCUCGACCUACUCAUGGUGGCAGUGAUGCUUGGUGUGUGCUCUAUUAUGGGAUUGCCGUGGUUUGUUGCGGCCACUGUCCUCUCUAUUUCCCAUGUGAACAGCUUAAAACUGGAAUCAGAGUGCUCCGCUCCAGGGGAGCAGCCAAAAUUUCUUGGAAUCCGGGAGCAGAGAGUCACAGGGCUCAUGAUUUUUAUCCUUAUGGGCUCAUCUGUCUUUUUGACAAGUAUUCUGAAGUUUAUUCCUAUGCCAGUACUUUAUGGAGUGUUCCUUUACAUGGGUGCUUCAUCUCUAAAGGGAAUUCAGCUUUUUGACAGGAUAAAGUUAUUCUGGAUGCCUGCAAAGCACCAGCCAGAUUUUAUUUAUUUAAGGCAUGUUCCUCUUAGAAAGGUCCAUCUCUUCACUAUAAUUCAGCUGAGUUGUCUUGUGCUUCUCUGGAUUAUAAAGGUUUCAAGAGCCGCCAUUGUCUUUCCUAUGAUGGUCCUAGCUUUGGUGUUUGUCCGAAAACUCAUGGAUUUCUUUUUUACCAAGCGGGAGCUCAGUUGGUUAGAUGAUUUGAUGCCUGAGAGCAAGAAAAAGAAACUGGAAGAUGCUGAGAAAGAGGAAGAGCAAAGCAUGUUAGCAAUGGAAGAGGAAGGGACUGUUCAGUUACCACUAGAAGGACAUUACAGAGACGACCCAUCUGUGAUAAACAUUUCUGAUGAAAUGGCAAAAACUGCUGUGUGGAAGACACUGUUGAUAUCCUCAGAGAACGCAAAAGAUAAGGAGUCAAGCUUUCCUUCUAAAAGUGCUGAAAUCAGAAAAGAGAAGAAAGCUGACUCAGGGAAAGGUGUUGACCGGGAGACUUGUCUAUGACUUGCUCUUCAAGUAAUUUUUUUACAAACAAAUUAAAGGAGUGCCACAACCACUGAAUAUAAAUGAUUUACCUUGUAACUUCUGUCUUUCAUCUCAAACUAGCACAGGUAAUGUAGUGCAAUACUUGUCUCAUUCCACCUUGUCUACCUUGUCUAGUAUCAUUGUAAAUGUCUGCAGUAGCCAAUGCAAAAAAUCCUUGUGUUUGUUGCUGAUCUUGGCCAUUUAUCAGUACUUGUAUCAGAAAUGUAAGAAGCAAAUUUUCUUUCAAA